UGCACGGUAGACAGCAGGGCUGAGCGCACCUUUGGAAUGACAGCAAAAAAAGGGCGUGCCUAUUUCCCAGCACACUGCCUGCAGAGUGUGAGAAAGUUCUGCACAACUGUACAGGCUUGUUUACAGCAGCAGGCUGUGUGCACAAAAAACGAUUUGCCUGGACUUACCAUGGGUGUGGACUGCAGUCGUUGGUAUCUGAAAGAGAAAGAGGCCCCUGGACGAGGCUACGCCGGACGUCACACCGCCCCCUCCGGAGGAGAUUGACAGAAUGCCUGUGUUCGCUGUCCACAGGCUGCUGGACUCCCGGAGACGUGGAGGUGUACUCCAGUACCUUGUGGAUUGGGAGGGAUAUGGCCCUGAGGAGCAGUGUUGGGUUCCUGCACGGGAUGUACUGGAUCCCGGUUUGAUAGUGGACUUUCACAGCCAUCACCCAGAGAAACCUGCUCCUCAACCUAGGGGCCGUCCACAGAAGGUGCCCUCCGGUCCACGUCAUGUGCCUCUGCGGGUCGUCAUAGACAGAUCGCAUCUGUCCAGAACCAAGGCAGGUCGGGUCCUGCUCCUAUUCGGGUCUCCAGACGUGGGCGUGGUGGUCAUCCUGGCCAGCCUCAUUCCGAGGCCAUCCCGUACUCUUUAGGGGCAGGGUACUGUCAUGACUCCCUUUGGCUCUGAACUCUCUUUGGACUCAAUCUCCCACAAUUCCCUGGAAGAUCAAAUGACGCCAGCCUUACUCUCAUGCUCUAACCAGCACUCCAGUUCCCCAGAGUACUGAUUUGUUUCACCUGUUCUUCUCUGAUUAGUUUAGUUUAAAGCCCGGGCUUGU